UUUGUCGUUCGGACGCGGUGGCGAUCGGGCGCAGUAUUAAAGAGACUGAUUAAGUGAAUCAAAUCCCCAGCAUUAUGGGGGGAAAUAGUUUAGGCUUUAGUGUUAUAUUACUGCUGACGGUUUUAUGGAGACCGGCUCUAUCAGAUAAAUGCUCAUUAGCGUGUAAAGGGUCUUCAUCAUCUCCUAGUUUUCUCAAUGGACACACAUACAAUUAUGGAGUAGAAGGUACUGUCUCGGUCUACCUCUCAGGAGCUGAGAGACAGGAGACGAAUGUGAAGAUCUUUGGUCAAGUGUCAGUCACGGCUUUGGGAAAUUGUGCGCAUUCUCUCAAAGUCACCGCAUUGGCAAUUUCUGGACCGGAUGGCAAGAAAUACCAAGCACCGAGGGGCAUCGAUAAGGUAGUGCGCUUCUCAUUGCAAGAUGGAAGAGUCGGUCCAGAAAUCUGUGCAGAAGAAGACGACAACCGUGCUUCUCUUAACAUCAAGAGGGCCAUUAUCUCAAUGCUGCAGACAGAACAGAAACCAUCAACACAGAUUGACGUAUUUGGCGUGUGCCCCACGGACGUGUCCUCGUCUCAAGAAGGAGGUUCAGUGCUGGUUCACAGGAGACGUGAUCUAUCACGCUGUGCCCACCGGGAACAAAACAAGAAUGAUCUCGUUACAGCCAUCUAUAACCCCACCGCUGAAAUCAAAAACACCCAAAUCCUACAAUCCAGCCUGACAGUAGAAUCAAAGGUGAACAAUGGUGUACCGGAGAAGGUAUCGGCAUCUGAAGAGUAUUUGUACCGGCCGUUCUCAGCUGGAGAAAAUGGUGCCAGAGCCUCCGUCAACACUAAGCUGACAUUGUCUGGAACAAAACAAGGCGGAGGAAAUGCGGGUAACUGCCCGGAGAGCCGCACUAUAAUGUUCGAGAUCCCGCACCGGGGUCGCGCGGAACACAGCAACUCUCAAACCGUACUGACUGCCGUUAAGGAAACCAGCAAGCAUCUAGGAACUGAAGCAGGAUCCAAAUCUGCGGGCGUCUUCGCGCAUCUUGUCAGGGUCAUGAGAGGUACGAACAAGGAAGAUUUAAUGAAGGUUUGGGGACAAGUAAAAGGCAACAACUUAGAAAAACGGGUGUUCCUGGAUGCUCUUCUCCGCACCGGCACAGGAUUCAGUAUUGAAGCAUCAGUCCAACUCCUCAAGAACAAACAGCUGAACCCGAUCGAGGAGAAGCUCGUCUUCCUCUCCCUGGGCAACGCUAACCAUGUCAGCAGUGAUACCGUCAAAUCUGCUACCACUUUGUUGGACAUGCCAAAUAUACCGAAGGAGGUGUAUCUGGGAGUCGGAGCUCUGGCCGGCGCUUAUUGCAAAGCUCAUGAAUGCCAUUCCUCCAAGACUGAAGGUAUCAUCGCCCUCAGCAAGAAGUUCGCGGCCAAGCUGCAAAACUGCAAGUCAAAAACCAAAACUGAAGAAGAUUAUGUAAUAGCAGUAUUAAAGGGUAUUCGAAACAUUCGCCACUUGGAGGACAGCUUAGUGGACAAACUGACUCAUUGUGCCAAUGAUAACGGAGUGAAAGCCAGGGUACGAGUUGCAGCCCUUGAAGCAUUCCAAGCUGAUCCAUGCUCAGCUAAAAUAAAGAAAACUGGAAUAGCCAUCAUGAAGAACCGGCAAAUCGACUCUGAGAUCAGGAUCAAAGCAUACCUGGCCGUGAUCGCGUGUCCAUGUGGAAAGUCUGCUAACGAGAUCAAGAGCUUACUGGACUCCGAGCCAGUUCAUCAAGUGGGUCGAUUCAUCACCACAUCGUUACGUCACAUUCGAGCCUCCAACAACCCUGACAAAGUGCUCGCCAGACAACACUACGGACAGAUCGGCACUCCAUCCAGAUUCAAAGUGGACGACAGAAAAUACUCCUUCUACCGUGAGUUCUCUUACAACAUUGACGCUCUCGGCGCUGGAGGUAGCUUAGAGGAGACUGUGAUCUACUCGCAAGACUCUUUCUUGCCAAGAUCUGUUAAUUUCAAUCUAACUGCCGAGGUGUUCGGCCAUAAUGUUAACAUAUUUGAGGUGGGUGGUCGUCAAGGAAACCUCGACCGUGUACUGGAACACUUUAUGGGCCCUAAGGGAAUGUUGCGCACACGCAAGCCACAAGAUAUCUACGAUGAGCUCAUGAAGAAAGGACAGGAGGCUUUAAAUAAAGUUGACGGCAGCCUGAGAGGCCGACGUUCCGUUAAGUCAGAAAUUGAUCACUUUGAUAAGCAAAUCAAAGCAGAAUCUACACCAUACAACAAUGAGCUGGACUUGGAUGUCUACUUGAAGUUGUUCGGUACCGAUGCAGUAUUCCUCUCUCUUGGAGAUGACCAGGGCUUCGACUUCAACAAAGCCCUUGAUCAACUUCUCAAGCUGGUUAACGAUGGAAUGAACAAGAUCAAGCAUUUCCAGCAAGAAGUACGAGCACAUAUGUUGUUCUUGGACGCUGAACUAUCCUACCCCACAUCGAUUGGUCUUCCACUUAAAUUAGACGUCGUGGGAGCAGCUACUGGUCGUGUUGAUUUCUCUACGAACAUUGACCUGAAACAACUCUUCAAAUCUCCAGAGAACGCUAAAGUAGAUAUCAAAGUUGUACCAAGUUAUGAUGUUGAGCUCACAAUGGUGAUGAUGGUUGAUGCCUAUUCAGUUGGAACUGGUUUGAAAGGAAUUCUGAACCUUCACUCAUCAACUGGAGCUCAUGUGAUUGCAAAGAGUGUUGAGAACGGUCAAGGUUUCGAUCUCCAAUUAGGCUUACCUGUUGAUAAACAAGAAAUACUAUCAGCUUCCAACGAGCUGGUAUUCUUCUCUGCUGAGCUUGGACAUCCAGAGAAGCAAACUCCAAUCAAAGUGGAUCUAGACAAGAAGGAAUACUCGGGAUGUUUUGAUCAAUUAUCUGGAAUGUUGGGGCUGACGUUGUGCGGAGAUUUCUCAGUACCAUUCACAUUCACAGGUCCUGAAGCUCAAGAAUCGAUUGCGAAAUUCUUAGCUAAGUACCCUGUAGUUGGACCAUCGAAGAUAAGGGUUGCUUUAGAAAAGAACGACCUACGAGGCUACCACAUCAAAGGAGUUCUGCGUAAUGAUAACAAUAAGGGCAGAAGCAGUUUUGAAUUACUCUUUGACGCUGAAGGUUCACAAAACAGACGCAGCCAAGUGUCUGGUGAAUACGUUAACAACCCUGAAGAGAGGACUAUUCUACUCAAUCUAGAAUCUCCAAUCAAAUCAGUCUUUGGUCAAAUCUCAGUAUUCACCAAACCAACCGAACAGGCUUUACUAGUCAAAGCUAAAAUGGAUCAAAUGCAAUACUAUGGAAAGAUUGGGUUCACUGCCCAAGGUAAUGACAGAAGAAAGAUUUGGAAGCCUGUAUUGGAAUAUGAAAUGCCAGAAAACGGAAAACAAAGUCUUAAAGUUGAAGGUCAACUUAUCCAAGAAACCAAUGGACCUGCUGUUAAAUACACACUUGAAGGAAUCAAGGUAAAUCUGCCUCAAAACAAUGAGGCUGUGAGUAUUGAAGGCCACUACAAGCGCGAGCCGAAAGCAAUCGAAAUGGACUUAAAGGCAAAGAAAGGCCAGCACAACUUGAUCUUCAGCGGUUCCUUAAGGGGCAGUGACGUCAAGCUCGACUUCCAAAACACCCUUAAUCCAUUUAUUAACUUCAAACUUAAUGGCCACUUUGAGAACACGAAGAACCUCAUACAUAACGAUGUAGACCUGUUCUACGGAGACAACCCUCGUAGUAAUGAGAAUAGAGUGACUUUCAAUCAGCUUCUCAAAUGGGCUGAUGCUUCAAAUGUCAUCACUAAGAACAAAUUUGAGAUCCACGCUGUGCCAUUAAAAUUACAAUUUGACUUAGAAUAUGACCCCAAAAAGGUUGAUCUUGAAGUACUAGCUCUGUAUGUUGAGAGGAAGUUCCAUUUUGAUCUCGAUGCUCGAACACACAUCAAGAAUGCUAAUGACUACAGAGUCAAACUGCAGACAAGUGCGGAUAAACAGAGCGUCGAAGUCUUCAUGAAGAGAGACAUCGUUUCGGCGGACAAAUCUAAUUUAGAAAAUUAUAUUGAGUUCAAAAAUAUGGGCAGAUACGAAUUAUCUGGUGUUGUAUUGCAUAGAAUGAAGGAAAAUGAUUUAAAUAUCGGUGCGGUUGGUCAUCUGAAGAUUGCUAGUUCUAAUUUGAAAGAAGAUAUCAACUUUGAUGUCGGCGUCAUCGACAAUGUUAACCUCUUUUCAUCGCACGCAAAUGUGGCUAAAGGAAAAGACAAUGUUCUGGUUGAUUUCCUUGCUAAAAUAAAUCGGGGUGCAAACCCAUCUGGUCAACUGAAGUUUAAUCUUAAAGACACAAUCAGUGCUAAUGGACAGUAUCAGGUGGCAGAUAGCAAUGGAAAAGGCAAUGGCGCCGUUAUUGUUGAAUUCAAGAAGGCUCAACGAAAAAUUAAGAGUGAUGUGACAUUCGUUGCCAAGGAACCAGUUUUUAACGGUGAUUUUACAAUUUACCUCAAUUUUGAAAAAGAUAACAAUGAUAAAAUUCAUUUCAUCACAAACAACAAGAAGACAGAGAAACUUAUCGAAUCAAAGAACAAAUUGGAAUACGCUGGUAAGACUUCUGAACUCAACAUAAACGCUGAUGAGCCCUCGAACUUUGAGAAAGCAUCCGGCAGCGUAGAACUAGUCUUGCCUACUGAAAGAUGUCUCUCUGUUAAAUUUAACAGAGGCGUUGUAGCUAAGAAUGGUUUGUUUAAUGGAAAAGACGAAGUAAUCUUAUCCGAUUCGCCUAAACGAGGCAGUCCAGCUUCAACUAUCACUGUAAAAGCCAAAAUAACUGACACUGAUUUCGAUGAGAAGUUCGACAUUGACGGAUCUGUUGAAAUCAAAAUCAAGGAUGGCAAAGAUUUGAUUGGUAAUUUCGCAUUCAAGAACGCACCUAAUGGAGAUAAAUAUGAUGCAUCUUUCAAGGCUGAUGUGUCAGGUAGCAUGGUGCCUAAACGUGCAGUAAUAGACUUUACCACCACAUACGUAGACCAGGUGAUUCUGAAUAAUGACAAGAGCCACCUGAAGGCGAGCUACGGAGACGAUCUGUUCACAGAACUAGUCGGGACUUGGGUCAGCCACUUCCCAACGAACGGUGAAAAGAAGUAUUUGAAUGAUGUCACAUGGACGCUUAGGCUUCCACUCGAGACUGCCCACGACAUCAAGUGGGUGUCAACGAUGCUCUACCUGCACCCUGAGAACAAGGAACAAGAGGUAACAUUGAUUGAGUCACUGCAAAUAAACGGAGACUUGUACAAGAUUGAUGGCAGUGGUAAAUUUGACAACACGGGUGGUAACACCAAGUUGAAGGUGAUAGUCCCGCACAAUGACCCACUCAUAUUCGAUGUUGGCUACAAAGCAGAUUUUGAAGGAGAAAUAAAGACUGGAGAGGUAGACUUAAAGGCGCAGUAUGGCAAGGGAAAGAGUGCGGAACUAUCGUUGAAAGGAACCGGAUCUCAACGCCAGUAUGAGAUGAAAGUGUUCGCCAACGCACCACAGAAUGAAAAGUUCAAGAAAAUCGACUUACAUCUACGUACAGAGAGCUCUGAGCCCAGCACUUACAACAGCUGGUUGGUAGUUGACUUAGAUGGUCGUGUGUACAAAUCUGAAAACGUCAUGGUUCUGAUAUAUUCGUCACCGAUGUUCGACUUCAAGUACACCAGCCCAGCAUCCCCGAAGAUCACCAGAAUAUAUUUGAAAGGAACAGGUGUAAGAAGUAAGCACAGCCGUGUUGAACUUAAGAUGCUCAACUUCCGGAAAUUAGAUCUGGACGUAGCGUUUGAAGUUGGAUUCGAAAAGGACUUGUUCGUGAAAUUCGAAGGAAACUCGGAAAAUUUGGGCUUGAAAAAUUACAAGAUAGAUAUCAAUACUAAGGAUUCAGGAAGUGGAAAACGUCUUGAAUUUGAAGCUGUCAACGAUGGCAAAAACGUUGUCAGCGGAAGUACAUCCUUUAUCAAAAAGGAAGAAGAUACAAAGGUCAUCAUCGAAGGAUCGGGUACUCUGAAAGUCCGUGACACCCAGAAGCCAGCCAAUUUCAAAUUCAUUAGAACUAUCCUUACUGAAGGCGCAGAACAAGGAAUGGAGACGUUCAUCAAUAUUGCUGUUGGUGAGAGUAACCACGUUGCUGAGUCAAGAAUCACCAACCUGGAGUACAAGAGCUCUUAUGUGUACUGCGAAGAGAAGAAGCAGUGCGCCCACGCCGAGCUACACUCCAAGUUGAACAUGAACCAGCCUGGCGUCCUUCAACACGUAUUCAACGUCGGCUUCGACCUCCGCAAGCUCGGCUUUGCAACAGAGUUCGGUCUAGAAGCCACGCAUGAGGUCUCCGACAAGUCACUGCCCCAAUACCUGCUCAAUCUCCAUGUCAACCGGGAAACUGACAAAAUUCACCUUAAUAUGUACAGCAAGCCUGUACCUGGCAAAUUCCCAGCUGGUCUUACAAUCGCACUUGCAAAACGCGUGGUUGCCAUUGAAACACAACUUGUAUACCCCACUGAUAAGACAUUACCGUUCCCCAUAAGCGGAGAGGUGAAGCUGUUUGCUGACAAGAACAAACCCGAUACUAAGACUGCUGCUCGGUUCAUGGUAGACUUAAUCACUAGCGACAAGAGUGUACAAGGUGUAGCUGAGGUUGGAUUUAGCCAUCCCAAAUUGAGAAAGGAAGCUUUGGCUCGCGCCAAGGCUGAGUUCGAGCGACCCAGCGAAAGCUCUGUGAAAAUGUCAACACUUGCUCUUAUUUCCCACCCUAUUCUUGGACAAGAUCGUAAAGCUGCAUUUGAUUUCGAAGGCAGUCCAACUCACGUUAAGAUUAUGAUUGAGUCACCAAUAGUGAAAGUGUUAGAGCUUGAAGGAUCGACAGUCAUGAAGGAGAACCUACAACAAGCCGAUGUCCGUUUCAAGCUGCUAGAUGGCAAACCUGUGACAAUGUACGCGGUUGUGAAAGACUUCGCAUACUAUGAAUUCACUACAGGAUAUAGUGAUGAGCAAGAACGCAAGCUGUCUAUUAUCGGACAUUUGGACCCUGAGAAGCGAGUAGACGUUUCAGUUGACAUCGUACUACCAGGAACCAAGAAGAACAUCAUCCACGGAGCCGUCUUCUUACAAGAUAGUCUCAUCAAAUCGGAUUACGGAAUGUCUAAGGAUAACUACAACCACUUCUUUAAUGCCUUCCAAACGGAUGUUAAUAAUCUCUUCACCAAAAUUAAUCAGUUGGGUGAGAAAAACAGCAACGAAUUGAAACAGAUCCUCAAACGUGUUGAACCGAAGUUAAAUGAGUUGGAACAGGCAUACAGAGACGACAUCCAGAAGAUCAUUCAAGAGAUAACUGAUGACAAGACUAUCAAAGAACUCUCGGACGCAUUACAUACAAUUGUACAAGUCAUUGCUAAAAUAAUCGACGAUGUAGUGACGACAACCAAGCCUAUUGUAGACAAAUUUAUUGGAGCCUUUGCAGAUGUCUCUAAAAAGAUAUGCGAAAUGUAUGAGAAACAGAUCGAGCCCCAAUUGAAACAGUUGUACGAGAACUUAGCGACAGCUAUCCAACAAUACUUGAACGGUGUCAUUGAUGCCGUGGCACACAUCUCUGCAUUAGCUAUUGACUUCUUUGAGAAACAUAAGCCGGAAUUACAAGAGCUGCUCAACACGAUUACUGAAAUCUUUAGAGAUAUAACUCGCAUUAUCUUAGCCCAGAUCAAGGAAUGGCGCAUACGGUCAUCACAAAUAUUCUCUGAGAUUUCACAACAGAUCAAGGACAUGCCUCUGAUAGCCAUGAUCAAAGAAAAGUGGUCAGAGCUGGCGAUACCCGAACAGGCACUGGUGAUCCUCUACGAUGCCCAACAAGCUAUCCGGCCCCUGCUUCCAACUGAAGAGCUCAGAGAAUUCACAGAUGCCCUGUUCCAAUACAUCACAGUGAAAGUACGUCAAGAGAAGAUCGAUGAACAAGCUGAGCUGAAGAAGGUCUACGAGAAACUUGUAACAGCCGUUACGUCUGUACUUCAGUUUGUAAGAACCAAUCUCAACCAACUGGGAAUCACAUCUGUGCCAAUAUUUGCAAUGCCAUCAUUAUCAAACCCGGGUGCGCUAGCGUUACCAAGUUUUGGUGGGUCAGUCGCUUGGAGCUGGGUGACUCAACUGAUUCAAGGAGAUAUUCCCAACCCACUUGCUCUUUUCAACGCCUACCGACCACGCUCUUUGAAUCCAUAUGAUGAAAUACCACCUCAACUUCGUGCUGUGGUUGUCAAUGGACAGCACAUCUUCACAUUCGACGGUCGUCACCUGACCUUCCCUGGCACGUGCCGGUACAUCCUUGCCCACGACCACGUCGACAGGAACUUCACACUGGCCAUGCAGAUGCAGAACGGCAACCCCAAGGCUUUAGUGCUUGAAGAUAAGAACGGUGUUAUCAUUGAGCUCAAGGAUAAUGGACAGGCAGCUUUGAACAGUGCCAACCACGGCUUCCCAAUCAUUGAACAAGAUUCGUUUGCAUUCAAACAAGCAAACGGAAGAAUUGGACUUGGCACACAGUAUGGACUGAUGGCAUUAUGUACCAGCAAACUUGAGGUGUGUUACAUUGAAGUGAACGGUUUCUAUUUGGGCAAACUUCGUGGUCUUCUGGGAGAUGGUAACAAUGAGCCUUACGAUGACUUCAGACUACCAAAUGGAAAGAUUGUAACAUCUGAGAGCGACUUCGGCAACGCUUAUCGUUUCACUGCCAGCUGCGCCGCGGUGAAGACUCCUGAGCACUCUCACCAUCAGAUGCACAUGGCACUCCCACCCGCCUGCGAGGCCGUCUUCGGAGGCAGCUCACCUCUUAGACCGCUCUCAUUGUUGCUUGAUGUAUCUCCAUUCAGACAAGCCUGUAUUCACGCCGCAUCGGGUGAAGGCGAGGAAGCUCUCCACCAAGCUUGUGACCUAGGACGAGGCUACGCUGCCCUGGCCCUCACUGGCCUCCUGCCGGCGGUGCUGCCUCCUAACUGCGUGAGGUGCACGGAUGGAGACAAACCUCAAGAAGUGGGUGACACUUACGAAAUCAAACUGCCCGCCAAGCAAGCUGAUAUCAUUGUCGGAGUUGAGGUUACCAAGGCAAAUGAAAAGAACUACAAGGAACUAGUUGUACCGCUGGUAUCGCAGGUGAUUGAUGGUCUGAAGGCCAAGCGGAUCUCCGACAUCAAGGUGUACCUGGUCGGCAUCACCUCUAAAUACCCCUACCCCAUCCUCUACGACACUGACUUGAAACUGCAAAAGGCAAAAGUACAGUUUGACGACGAAAGCAGAUACGAGAACUUUAAGAAAUUCAAGGUGAUCACCGGCAUUGAAAGGCUGAACUGGUUGCAGGAAGUUGUCAUUGAUGUCGUUGAUGCACUUUCUAUUAAAUUGGGUGCCACAAACGUGAUGGCUUCAUACUACUCAAUCAUGGACCUGCCACUCCGACCGGGCGCCGUGAAACACUUCAUCAGCUCCAUUGGCGGACAAUGCAUUCCGCAAUUCUUCUUUGUUGAAUCUAUACGUACAUUAUCUAACAAGUUAUGGAUGAGAAACAACGCAUACAGUGUCUCGUUGGUCGCCGACACCAACACUUUCGCGCCAAUCAAUGGAAAACCUGUCGUUGGUUUCUCCAAAACCGGUGUAUUGCUGCUGGGUGAUAAAAAACAGAAAGACACGGAGACACAGAGAGCCAGCCUCGAUGUUGGUGACAACAAUGGAUGCAUCAACUACUCACAAGAGACCGAUGGCUACACGUUCUCCGCAAGCGUUUACAGCGGGCUGAACGCCGGGCAGCGGAAGCAGUUCUUGCAGACGGCAGCCGCAUCCAUCACCAGCCGCAUGCUGCAGUACAGCUCCGUGCAGCAGUGCACCUGCACCUACGUCGACCCCUUCCGCGUGCGCUCCGUUUGUGUCGCCAAGGACAGGAAGGAGUUGGCUAAGAGGAAGUAAGAAUAAGUCAACACAUUAAUUAAUUAUAAAAUACUCCUAGUUAUGUGAAGAGACCCUAACUUCAGAGCAUGACGGUGCUUACAUAACAUGGAAGGACCAGCCGUAUUAUAUUCUCAAUACUAACUACGCUCUAUUUUUAUAAUUUACUAUUAAUUAAUUGUAUAUAGGGUCUUUAUUUAUGCCAAAGUUUUGUUUCAUAAGUUAAUUUCGCUUGUAUUAAAAUGAAGUAUGUUAUUAAAA